GAAAUGUUUACAGCCCACUGGUAAGCCUAAUGCAGGUACGCAGAAUGCCUCUGUGAGAGUAUCUAAUGGCAGCAAGGCGCCCAAUGGGUGAGCUCUUUUCUAAUGUACUUUUCUUCUCAUAUUUCUUCCGUUGUGUUUUGUGUUGCUUCGAGAGUUCAACAGGCUACUUCCCGGAUCUUCUUUGGACCUACCGCAUUUGCCAGUUCAAGAAUUGCGCCGAUUGGCUUAGUCAAACCUCGACUCAUUGGGAAAGAUACAGGGCGAGUCUCAGCGGACGAGAGAAUGCGCAAGAGGGAACUGCUUGUUUCAGUUCUGACUGCCAUUUGCGCCGUGAGAGCGAUUCCAUUACAGCCUCGAGAUAUAUACAACCCUCUGGAUCCUCUGAAAAGCGUCGCCAGCGAGCUGCUCGGCUUCACGACGGCAAUAUCUGCACUCGAGUCGUCGGCAAAGCAAACGCAAACUGCCCUCUCGGCUUCCUCAACACGUACAGCAGGUUCAGUGGCAGCUUCCGCUCAAGCAAGCACCGCACAGACCAAUCUCGCAUCUUCAGAUGCAGCUGUGAGCACCAUCAAAAGUGGGACAGGAACGGUAACGGUUACCGCCACGGAUUCACAACUAUCCACCGGAAGUGUCUCGGCGACGAAUGCAGCUUCCAAGUCCGCCCUACACAGUGAAGCAACCACAACGUCCAUAGGCGCCCUUUCGACUUCGCCGGGCUCGACAGGCGCACCUCUCGGCGUAAUCCCUACUACAACUGAAAGCAGUGGAUCGUCACAGACCGGUACAAGCACUGAUCCCGGGUCAAGUUCAGGAUCAGGAGGGAAUUCAGGUUCAACAUCAGCCGAUUCAGCCGGUGGGUCAGGGCUGUCCCCAGGAGAGAUUGCCGCAGCAGUCAUUCUCCCUGUCCUGGCGUUGGCCGCCUUACUAUUUCUUCUCUUCCGUUUCUGCAAACCACUCCGCGAAAGAUACUCAGCUUGGCGUCAACAAAGACUAGAACGAUCUGCGUACCGCCGUGCCCUCGACGACCCUGUUCUUUCCUUCGGCAUGCAUCAACAAAGCGGUCGAGGCCUAGAUGGUUUGGGCAUGGGUGAGGUGGAGCACUUGGUGCGUCCCUUGUCCUUUGGAUUUCGGAAUCCUCAGAGACAAUAUCCUAGAAUCAAGAGGAAGCCGUUGAACUGGGACCCCGCACGGAUCGGCGGCCAGGGAGCCUCGUCAAUCGGAAUGGCGGUACCAAUGCCCAUCGGACACCGCCCUAGGAGCCUGAGUGAGAUAUCGGAGGUGAGCGAUAUGAGCAGUGAUGCUGGGGCGAGAUAUCAGGACGCGCGGUCGAACCAGCCAUCGCCGGAAGGAAUCAUUUCAUGAUUGCCACUACUCUUUUCUUUUCACGUUUUCUUUUGCCCAGCGGCAUCGUGUCUGAUUAUGAUGAACAAGCAAGCGACGAAUAUUCUGUAUAUAUUUCCCCCCUAAACUUUAUCAAGCGGAAGACUGAGGACAUACAUCCGACCGUCCGGGCGUCCUGGAGCUUCGGCUGAAGCAGAACUCUGUACAUACAUAUCAAAAGAUUUCACUGUGCUUCUUGCACAAGACUCGAUAGAGUAACGAGAACGCGAGGUGUCGCGAACUACCCGUAUUCU